GAGACUGACACCAAAUUGCUUGUGGCAUAAUUUUAAAGUUCAACUAGGACAAAUUCAACAGCUUUAAUAGAUGAUAGCUGCUCUGAUUCAAACUUGGAGAGUUUGGUUUUAAAUCGGCCACCGUCAUGAAACUGGGGACUGCCAUUUCCAUUUUUCUCUGCUGUCUUCUCCAUAACGCUUUAGCAGGAGAAAAUGUGAUAAAUGACCAAGAGCGAAUUUUAGGAGGAACUAAAGCUAGAGAAGGAGAAUUCCCAUUUGUCGUUUCCAUCACGACAAACGGUGAGCACCUCUGCGCCGGAUUCAUUUACAAUCAGCGAUUUAUCGUCACGACAGUCACAUGCGUCCAAAAUUUGUCACCGUCGCAAGUUUCAGUUGUUGUAGGACAAUUGUCUCUCAUCUCCAGCACCGAGCCGUACGAGCGUCGAUAUCAAGUCGUCAGCAUUAUUCCACACGAGAACUAUGACGCGAAUCUCGGCUUGAAUAAUCUGGCAGUCAUCGAGACAUCUUCGUCAAUGGCAUUCACUGCGGGCCAUGUCGACUUCAUCUGCUACAACGAAGAUAACACGACUUUUCCAGAAGCUACUGUCAUGGGCUGGGGUGCUACUCAGGAAGGAGGAUUGCCUUCGAUUGAUUUACUGAAAGCCAGCGUUACUAUAUCGACCGAGUGCGUUAUCUACGGUAGCGAAGAGUAUCAACCCAACUACAUGAUCUGCGCAGGUAGUGAUACUGCCAGUCCUUGUCACUACGACGAAGGGUCGCCGCUAGUUCAAGACAAUAUCGUCGUCGGAGUUGCAUCGAGAAAUACAGGAUGCAAAGAGCUAUUCUUGCCGACACUUUAUACUCGACUGUCCUCUUAUUAUGCGUGGUUGAACCGGAAUGCUGGCCAACAACCGCCAGCUUGCAGUGCAGCCUAAAUUUAAAAAAAUAAUAAUAAAUAAAUAAGACUGUUUUGUAACUAUUCAAAUGUAAAUAAAGCAAUAUGAAUUUAAGUCUACUAGAUAAACUGGUUUUACCGAACCCUUAACAGGCUUUUAUUGACUUAGAUAAUAUCAUAAAUUCUUUGACGUCUACAGUACGUAUACGAGCAAUGGAGGUGAAAAUAUCAAAAAAUAAAAAACAAGUUAAGCAACGGGCACGAUAAUGGGUUGGACAACGCGAUAAUCUUGUCGACGGGAACGAAUGCUGACUUUUUAAGAAAUAAAAAAAACCCGAACGAAUUUUUAAGGUCGCUUUGUAACAGCAGUAGAAUGAAGUUUGUUAUUGUGAUAGCCUUCAUUUUCAUAGGAUCAGCCUUGGCCAUUUACCAAGGCGAUGACGCUUUACUUGGGGAAUUCCCAUACACGGUUUCUCUGACUCACUUUGACGAGCACAUCUGCGGCGGAUUCGUCUACAGUAACUAUUUCGUCCUCACAGCGGCCUCCUGCUUGAUCGGGAGAUCGGAAUGGGAUGUAGCGGUGGUCGUCGCCCAAUAUUCACUAAUCCUGCAGGAUCCGGAGGAGAACCGCAUUCAGGCGCGUACCUUCUACAUCAAUCCAGAGUACAAUGAAACGUACCGCACCAACGAUCUAGCGCUCAUCAAGUUGAAUCAACCAAUAACUUACGGGCUCUACGUCAACUUCAGUUAUUACGACGAAGUGAAUGACACCUAUACUUCCGCCGAGGUCAUGGGCUGGGGUGCAAUUAUGGAUGGCGGACCCCCAUCUACGAAAUUACGAAAAGCCAUUGUGAGUCUUCCGGCCGAUUGUCAGUCUUACGGAAUUGAAGAGUUCGUACUCAACACAAUGAUCUGCGCUGGCAUCCAUGGACAGGACAGAUCGAGUCCGUGCGAAUUUGAUCAAGGAUCGCCUCUGGUUCAGGGUGACUACGUCGUUGGAAUUGCAUCUAAAAAUCGCGGAUGCGGCGGAAAUUUUGCUCCGACCAUCUAUACUCGACUGGCCGCUUUUUACCCAUGGAUAUCUAACGUUGCCGGAAAACAACCGAUUCCAUCAUUGAUGGAUAUGGGAGACUAUUAAAAAACGAUAAGCGUUCCUGUACAUUGUAAACAUAAAAGCCCCUAUAUCAUACGUAUUUGAGUCCCAUAACACGCAUGAAUUUCAAUGUUAUAUUGCAAUCGAAUGUCUUUUUGGAGGGAGGAUUCUAAUACACAAAAAUGCAAGUC